AUGGGAAACCCCAACAGUACGCAUAUCGAGGCCGCUGUUGAUCAACAGCCCUCACCAACUUACUGGAAUCAUCUUAAGACACUAGUCUUGGUUGUGGCUGUUUCCAGCAUCUACUUUUGUCAGAUGACCUUGUUGGUUGGUGGCGGCCUCCUCGCUCGGGACAUUGCUGCUGUUGUCGGCGGAGCCUCGCUUACAGCAUGGCCUACCGCGGUUCUUGGUAUCAUGGUCGCCGCACUGAGCCCCCCUGCAUCCCAGGUUGCCGAUUACUGGGGGCGGAAGCACCUCUUGGUCGUCUUUACCGGCUUUGGAUGUGUCGGUGCCAUCAUUGUCUCCAGAUCAAACUCGAUGGGAAUGGCCAUAGCCGGAUUUACGAUUGGCGGUCUGUCCUGCGUCGCUCAGCCGCUCCUCCAUGCGGUUGUGUCAGAAGUUCUACCGCGAAAGUAUCGAUCCUGGGCUCAAGCCAGCGUCAACGUGUCGGUUUGCCUUGGGGCCAUAUGUGGACUUCUGGUCGGAGGUGCUCUGACCCAGGCCCAUCCCGGGCGAUUUCGAACCUAUUUUUACAUAUCAGCUAGUGUCUAUGCAGCAUCGAGCAUAGCAUGUGCCUUGCUAUACAAUCCACCUCCACGAGAAACCCAGAUUGCGAGUUUUCGGAGCAAACUUCGACAGCUCGACUGGAUCGGAUACGGUAUGGUGGCAUCGGGAGUGUCCUUGCUGUGCAUCGGUCUCUCCUGGGCUGAAAACCCAUAUCCAUGGAAAAGCUCUCACGUACUGGCUCCAUUCUUGGUCGGCGUCGUCAUUCUUGUCGCCCUUAUAGUGUAUGAGUGGAAGUUUAGGAAGGAUGGGCUCUUCCAUCAUAGCUUGUUCCGCCACCGAAAUUUUCCGAUUGCGCUGGCAUGCAUCUAUAUCGAAGGACACGGUGCAUUCGCGGCCAAUUACUUUGUGCCAUUCCAACUCAGUACAGGGUAUCCUUCGAUGGGCUCUUUCCGGGUGGGGCUGUGCUAUGCCGUCUCAUAUUUCGCAUUCAUCCUCUUCGCGCUGACGGCGGGGCUGUUCAUUUGGAAAACAAAAUCAGUCCGAAUCCCAACAAUGUCCGGGUUUCUAGGAUUCUUGCUGUUCUUCAUCCUCGCAGCGACCUCCACAACAUCCACCCCUGAGGCUAACUUUUGGGGUUACAUGGUCGUUUUGGGAGCAGGUCUCGGACUGCUUCUCACCACCUUGGUUGUUGCAGCGCAAUUUUCGACUCCGCCGGGGCUUAUUGCAAUCACAUCUGGUCUGGUGCUCGCGGUGAGAAGUUUGGGUGCUUCCACCGGCUUAGUUAUCUUCCAAGCCGUCUUCAGCGCUGGGUUUUCGAAGAACCUGGCCCCGAAGAUAGCCGCGGCGACCCUAUCGCUGGGGAUGCCGGAAACUUCUUUAGCACCCUUGAUUGGAGGCUUGACAUCGGGUGACACAGCGGCAGUGGCGAAGAUUCCGGGAGUGACUCCUGAAAUAAUCGCGGCGGCAGGUUUGGCCUUACAAGAAACGUACCAUCUUGCUUUCAGCUACGUCUGGGCCGCUGCAGCAUCGUUCACGUUCCUCGCUUUCGUUGGGGCAGGCUUUCUUAGAGAUCCCAAGGACGAGUUCACGUCGACCAUCGAUGCGCCUCUCGAUAUUGUCGAUAUCUCUCCAGGGGAGAGGGCGGUAGAGAAGGCUGUCGCACAAUAA